GUUUCCUGAGCCACUUCCUUUCCCUGUCCCUGCAGCUCCGCGAGGGAGGCAGGGUUCUCCCCAUUUCCCCCUCUGUGACCAGGGGGAGGCCUGCGCUCCUGGGGCAGGCCUGUGAGGAAGCCAAGGUCGCCUGGGGCCUAGGCGGAACGCGGCCACAGCCCGGCCCUUCUCCCGUGGGCCCAGGCUCGCGGAGCAGCCCUGCAGCCGGCGGGGAUGACAGGCAAGUGAGACGCAGGAUCUGAGGAAGCGUCAUGGCAGUGUUUCUGGAGGCCAAGAAUGCCCACUCGGUCCUGAAGCGGUUCCCUCGUGCCAAUGAGUUCCUGGAGGAGCUGCGCCAGGGCACCAUCGAGCGCGAGUGCAUGGAGGAAGUGUGCAGCUACGAGGAGGUCAAGGAGGUGUUCGAAGACAAGGAGCAAACGAUGGAGUUCUGGAAGGGGUACCCGAAUGCGGUCUACUCGGUUCGAGACCCUGCACAGAGCUCAGACGCCAUGUAUGUGGUGGUGCCCCUUCUGGGCGUGGCCUUGCUGAUCGUCAUCGCCUUGUUCAUCAUCUGGAGGUGCCAGCUGCAGAAAGCAACUCGCCAUCACCCUUCCUAUGCGCAGAACCGGUACCUGGCCAGUCGUACCGGGCACAGCCUACCCCGGGUCAUGGUUUACCGGGGUGCGGUGCACAGCCAGGGGGAGUCCUCUGGGCAUCGGGAGGCUGGGAGCAAUGCGCAGCAGGUGGUGCUGGGGUCCAGUCGGGGGGGCAGAACCACGGUCCGCCUCGAGAGCACCCUGUAUCUCCCUGAGCUCGCUCUCUCUAGAUUGUCCAGUGCCACCCCGCCCCCGUCCUAUGAGGAGGUGACUGCCCCCCAGGAGAGCAGCAGUGAGGAGGCCAGUGUCUCUUACAGCGACCCACCCCCAAAGUAUGAGGAGAUAGUCGCCGCCAACCUGGACGCAGACAAGUAGCCUCGCGUCCCAUUUGGCGUGAAAGCCUCUUUCCAGGGCCUCCCGUUUUCUUUCCAAAUUUCCACAGACUGUGCCACCACAAAACAGCCUUAGCCUCCUUGUUGCCAAAUACUUUCCCGACUGUGGACUUGUAGGAAGUCAGCGCUCAGAGACAGGUGGAGACUCGUGCGUCAGAGCCCCCAGGGACAUGCAGGCCAGAGAGCCCAGCUCUUCCCGAAGCCCCCUGGCGCCGCUGUCCUGUCCUCCUGGGGGGCUGGCUUCUCUUGUGCCAAAGGAACCACCCAUUGAGCUCUUGUGGCCAGGAUGGCCGUCGCCGGGUCCCGGCACUGCGGCUGCCUGAAGGGCUGCGUGCGUGUGGAAGCCCCGGCUUCUGCGUGGAGAGAAACCCGCCCUUCAGGCCUCUUGUCCACAGCAGCCACGUGCUGCUUGCUUUUGAGGACGGGGCAAGGACUGGACAGAGCAACAAAAAGAAUAACCACAAAUAAGUCAGUAAUGAGUGCAACAAAUCAAGACAAUAGAAUCCAGGCCAACCCUAAGGGCGAGGGAUGUCAGCCCCGGGUCUGCGGCACUAGCCUCCACCAUCCUCACCCUUCCGACCAGCUUGAAAGAAAUGUUUAGGUGAAGGCUGAGGGGAGGGUCUCACAGACAGGCCCGUGACCUCUGCCAGCCUAGAUGGUCGCUCGGGUUCUGGUGGGGUGGCCUGUCCCAGGCCUUGGGCUUGCUCUGCCCUGGCCAUAGAUGCACCCUAACAAGAGCCCCUGGGGAGCCACUGUUGCUGACCCUGCCUGUGGAGCCCCUGGCCUCCUCAUAGUUGAGGUACAGAUAGCACCAAAGUUUUCUUCUCCUCCUUGGUCCACAGCACAACUGAACCCUUGAACUUGGCCUCCUGGGCCUGUGAACUUUUAGGAGACUUCUCUUGAGUGGGUGUGCUGAGUUGACCUUGACUUCAGAUGGCUGAUUUCUCCUGAAUGAUGAUGCACACUUGGGGAGAAGAUCCUAAAGUGUCCCUAUUUAGACUCUGUGGGGAAGAAGGGGGUACCCUUGAGCUGGGCUGCAAGGCCCGUCUGGGAUUUGCUUUGUCAUUGCCAGGUGCUGGUACCUUCUUAGUCACCGCUUUCUGGGGCCCUGGGGGGCUGUCCACCUCAUUUCAGUGGGGCUUCGGGUGGCCUGUGCCCUGCCCUUUAACUGUCCGUGGCCACGUGAAAGAUAAUGUCGACAUCCCCCCAUCUCCAUCCUCCUGUCCUUGACCCCCCACCUUUUUCCUCUGUGGUGCUUUAAAAAAUGUAGCACAUUUUUGUGGAGCCCAAAAGAGUGCAGAGCCAGGGUCUAUCCGUCACCGCAGGGGCUUCAAACCUCUGAGCAGACACACUUCUUUCUAAGCGGCUCUCCAAGGCGGCCACUGCGCCUCAUUCUUUCUCUGCAGCCCUGCCUUGAGGCCACCCCAACUUCCGGACGCCCCUCCAGGCUGGACGUAUUUCCAGUAGGAAGCUUGUGUUCUUAUCCCAGCGAAGCCGCCAGCAUGGACAAGUUGCCCGGUUGCUUCCUUCCCCCCCCUACCUCACGGGCCCCUGAGGCUCCGGAGGCAAUGCCUGUGCCAUGCUGGAAGCACCAGGGAGCUGGUGCACUCUGCCCUUAGGAAGAUUCUUCUGGAAGGGUAUAAGGACAGGGAGUCAGUCUUAGCGGAGGAGUCUUCCUGGGACUCUGACGUAGACUCAGCAGGGGAGUCGGUGUCCUGCCCCUCCCCCCACCUCCAGCCCCUACGCCAGAGGCUCCAGCAGGUGAGCAGGUGGCGCUCGCCUUUCCUUCCUUCCUCUUUUCUUCCCUCUGGGCCUCUAGCAUGGCACCCUGACCUUCCUCCCUAAGGCCUUUUUGGCUUAGAAGGCCUCUGCUCUUUCCAUGGUGGAACCUGCCACCUAUCGUCUUUGGCCAUGUUGGGGCCCCCCGGGGCCAGUGCCCACUCUCCCAGCGUUCCCCCCAGGAGGUGCCUGCCAGCCACCUGGGAGCCUGGAAGGGUCACUGACCACGUACCUCCACGCCACAGAGCAGAGCCAGAGUGGGUUUGCCCAGACGGCCCCUGCCUCUGGCAUCUGAUGGGCCCAUCCGUGCCAUCUGCGCGCUGUUUGCGGCUGGUGGAGGCGGAGAGCCGGGGCUGUGCUGGGCGGAGGGCAGCAGUCCUCGGGGCUGAGCAGGGCCUGCCUGUGGGGAGAGCAGCCGGCUGUGCCCCUGGGCCCGGGCUCCUCCUCAGGUGCUUCGCAUGUUCUACAGGGGGUCGCCCACGCAGGAAGGUGCCUGCAGCCCGGGCGUGGAGUGGUGUGUCGGGCGCGGAGGUCCUGGGUCGUCGCGGUGCACAAACCUUUUCACACUGUCUUUGUACGACAUUGAUUUGAUACACUAGCGCUGCGUAGCCUCGUUCUGUCGCUUCUGGACUUGUGUGUGUGUGUGUGUGUGUGUGCACGUUGCCUUUCCUCACACGCUUACCUGGAGCAGUAGCCGCUGGGGUGGCUGUGUUUGUGCUGGGUCUGAAGGGAGGGAUGUUGCCUCCCGGGGCCGUGCGGCCUGGCGACGGGACCCUGACUGAGGAGAGCUGACAUGAGCGGUUGGAACCCCCAAAGGCACCACCUUUGUUGCCCCACGAGAGACUUUGGAAGAUGAAGCAGCUGCGUCCCGUGGGCCUCUGCCCGGGGACAGCUGCGGCCCUCGGCCCGCGGGUGGUGCCCCCGGCCCCUGUGCCACGGGCGUCGGAAGCUGAAGGAAUCUGAGCCCUCCCGGGCCCUUUUAUUCUUUUAAUAUUUUUUUCCAUGGAGAGAUGUGUGAUUUUCGACUUUGGGGAUGACGGGGCUAGUCAGUAGAUCGUUUUCAUUUUUAAAAAAGGCUUUACUGAUUACUUAAGAUAUGGCUGCCCCGUGUUUUCAACCAAAAACUUAAAGAUGAGAAUCACAGUCUUGUCCCUGCCCCGCUGCUCCCCAUCGCCUAGGGGGUUCCAGAUGGAAGCGCCAGGACUUGUGCCCCAGCUGGGCUCCCUGAACUGCAGCCCUGAGCAGUCUGGCCAGGAGCGCCCCUUCUGCUUGCGAACCCCACAGCCGCGGACUUGAGCGCCUUAGAGCGCCUCAGAGAGCGCCGGGAAGGGCAGUGUCUUGGUUAAGCAGCGGACCGGUGGUUCCUCUCUGGCUUCCCUUGAGAAGAAAACAACACUGCCUCUAGAUCCUUCUUUUGCCCAAGGUGUGGGGGGAGUGGAGAGUGAGAGCGCGCGGGGGUGGGCAGAGAGCGCGCAUGGAUCAGGAAUGACCGUCUGCUCGCCCAGGCUGUCCGCGGGCCGGGCCCGGCGCCCUCCCUUCCAGGCUGAGCUCAGGAGCCGGACCUGCUGGUUUCAGCCUGCGCUGCCCCUGCUCAUCAGUGUCACUAGCUGAAGGGACUGCUGCUGGGGGAAGACAGAAAACAAAGCGCCUUGAUUUGAAGCCCCUAACUCAUCACUUAGAGAAAGGCACUUCAGGCGCGCACGGUGCCUGUGACUCUUGCCCCAGACACGCCGGAAGUCUCUUCCCUUUUGUCAGUGUUCAGUGUCGCGCGUGAGGGGACUGCGGUUUAAAGUGAGUGUCUUUUUCUAGUAAAAGGCUCAAGAGUUAGGGAUUCCUUCACUUGUGCCUUCAGCUUUGGGGUUCAGCGCUUCUGUUACAGCAAGGUCCCCGUCCAAGGCGAAAUCUGUCAGCUUUCCACUGUGGGGGUGCUGGGGCUGCAGCUUCGCAGUCAAGUCUUGAUGCGCCCCGUGAAUGCUGGACCGGUGAGCCAGGCUGGAUGUGCAGUCACAUGACGGUGUCUUUCUAGAUACUCGGACGCAGACGCUGUGCGGCCGUGCUGGCCGCUCCCGCGUGCCUCCUCGGAUCCUCAAACAUAGGGAGCUUCCCCCUCACAGGCGGUGGCAGCGAGUCUCUACACGGGGCUCUUCGGCAAAGGUCGGCGAGGGGCGCAUGGCCGCCGCAGGCGCUGCAGGCGCCGCCGGGCGAGCCCCACCAUCUCCCACCCCCGCCCAGCGUCCACACUCCACACCGAUACCCGCUGUGGGGCCGCCCCCGCAGCUGCUGGCCUCCGGGCCUGACCUGUCUCCCCCGUGGAAGCCGCUUUCCCAGCCUGGACACACCCGCUGUGUCACUCCGUGACUGCGACCUCGCGACAGCGGCCACCGUGAUGCGCCCGCGCGCUCAGGGCCGCGGUGACUGUGGAAUGGAUCCGCCCCGGGGCCGCUUCCAACUGGCUCACGUCCGCUUGACCGCGCCGGCUGGGAGCGUGUCCGUUCAGCAAUGUCAGGGUUCACUGCGGCCUGGGGCGACACACUUGCUUCAGAUUCUCUCGCUCUCUCUUUUCAUAACUGUUGCGUGUUGCUGCUCGAUUCUGUCUCCUUCUGUACAAGAUGACGCGCUGUAAUAAAGAGCACAUGGCAUC